AUGGAUAUCUCGCCAAUGACAACAGUAUCAACGCCGGUGAAUAUUCAGUGGCAUCUCUCUGUUCUUAUCGUAUGCCUUAUUCUUUUGGGUAUUGUAACAGUAUUCGGUACUCUCUUAGUUAUAUGUGCUGUUUAUCAUGAAACGUCUUUACAUACAUCGACCUACUAUUAUGUUACAUCACUCGCAUUUGCCGAUCUACUCGUUGGUCUCAUCGUAAUACCAUCAGGAAUCAUUGUGGAAAUGACAGGUGGUUAUUGGCCAUUGAACAGAUUUCUUUGCGAUAUAAAAUUAUGUAUUGACGUAUUUGCGUCGACAGCAUCCAUUUUGGGUCUAUGCGCAAUAGCACUCGAUCGUUAUUAUGCAAUCAUUAAUCCAAUGGCGUAUCCAAAUUCAUUUGUGACAAAGAAAUGGUAUUAUGUCGUCAUUUGUUUAUGGACAUGUGCAGCAAUUCUGUCUUUUCCAACUAUUGUUUAUUGGAGAACAACACUGGCGAAUGCAACACAAGGUACUGGACAAAUAAAUCAGACUAUUGAAAUUCGAACAAAAUUUUAUCAUUGUGAAUAUCCUAAUGAUCCCUAUUACGUUUUAUUUUCAUCCAUUGUCGUAUUUUAUUUUCCAUUGAUUAUCAUGUUAUUUGUAUAUGUUCGAAUAUUUUAUGUUGCUCGGCGACAGUUACGUUCUUUUCGUGUCGGCAUAUUAAAACCUGAACGUCAGAAUCCUAGAUCGAUCAUACCAAAAUUUCAAUUAAAUCAUAUGGUAUUUAUUACACCACAACGAUCAUUGACCAAAAAACCACCACCUCUUGUCGAAGCACCAACCUCAGCAGUGGUAGACAGUUCACUUCGUAUUCAUGUUGGCAAAUAUCAGGGAUUAAUUCCGACUGAUACCAUUUCAGUCUCCUUCAAUUUCAACUCACAUAACCAUCUGCGUUUUCUUCAUUCAUUAUCGACAAAAAUCUUCAACUAUGCUGCUGAUCGUAAAGUGGCAAAAAUGUUAAGUUUAAUUGUUGGAGCAUUUAUUCUCUGUUGGCUACCGUUUUUCUCAUAUUUUGUUCUAAGCGGAUUCUUUUUUCUUCAUUUGAAAACACAAUAUCCUCAACGUCACGACUUAUUGAUACGGAUAUUUUCAUGGUUUGGUUACACUAACUCGGCAUUAGAUUUUUUUGUGUAUGCUUUAUCAUCAAAAGAAUUUCGCACUGCAUUUAUCAAAUUGUUAUGUAGAAAGAAAGAUGCUGAUAUAUCUGAUCGUUUGGCUAAGUUACAAUUCCGAAGUUUACCACCAGAAUAUCAACAAGCACUGUUAGAAAUAAGAGCCACACGUAAAACUACUAGAGAUGAUCAAAGUUCAUGGUGCUGUAAAAAUGGCCAACCUGUUCCCAUGAAGGUCAUAACAACAACAUAUAUUAAGUGGGAACCAACUGGUCAAACACAAGCCGUUGUUGACGGUCAUGAUAAUUGUGGAUUUGCUGGUUGGUCAACAUGUACACGUUAUAGAAUUGAACAUAUGUUCGUAUAUCCAACAUCUCACAUUGAAAUGGGUCAUGAGGUAGUACCAGAUAUUGAAAAUAGUCGUUGUCCAGAUAAUCAUGUUGUUUGCUGUAAAGGUCUAAUGCCCAAUGCUUUACAAACGUUUCUUUUGGUUGUAGCUAUUGCUGAAUUCAAAGAAGUUGUGGCUCAAUGGACAGCAUUACAAAGUACUCAACCAAAUGCUCUUUUAGCUGAUCUCAUUGUCACAUUGCAUAAUAAUGGCUUAGAUGUGGGAAAAUAA